UCAAAUGGCGGACGAUGCGUACGAAGUUGUGAAAGGAUCUUUGAAACUCAAAGGAGUCGCAGAUGGAGGCAUUAAGAAAAAGAAAAAGAAGAAGAAAAACAAGGCUUUGGAAGAGGCUGCUAAACAAGCGAUGGUGCCAGAGACUAGAAAUUCGUCUGGUGAAGAUCAGGAAAUUGAAAAAGAAGAGAAUGAUAAUCGUACGGCUGCACAAAAGUCUUUUGAUCAAAUCCAAGAAAAACGCGCUGCAGAGAGAAUAUUAAAAAAAGCUGGAAAGACACACAGACAAAGAGUUGAGAAAUUUAAUGAAUAUCUAGAUGAACUAACAGAACAUUAUGACAUUCCAAAAGUCAGCUGGACAAAGUGAAAAGUUAAAAGGCUUUUACAACUUCUGUAAAUUGAUGUAUAUAUAUGAAUAUAAAUGACAGCCAACUGAGAAUGUGACAUGUGGAGAGAUGCUGGUCAAAUGCUUAACUUUCUACUAAAACACCUUGAUAAAAGUACUUCGUUCUUGUUUCAUUUUAUUGACAAAAUAAUAAAUUAUAAUAAUACACUUUAACAAUGUAUAUGAACUAUAUCUUAUAUAUACACCAUUUUUUCUAUUUUUUUUUUUCUUGUACCAUAAAUGUGAUUAAGUGAGAUUUUAGUAAAACAUACUAAAAUAAAAA